CCAGAAACGCUUCCGACUAUGUACAUCACAUGCCCGUUUAGGCCGUUAUGAUGACGAUGAGAAAUGAGAGCCGCAAUUCAGCAUGAAUCGUAUCUUCUGGUUCGUCAAUGUCCCGAACAUUCAGUUCCCUUUAUAGAUUUUCGUUUCUUUUUUUUUCCCUGUGCUGCUACGCAAUCUACGCAGUAACCGUUGCUGGCUGCAUGGAGCUACGCAGUAUGCAUCUCGGCAUCUCAAUGGCAUGUCAAAUUUCAAGUUGUUUUGUUUUGUAUGGUGCAGCCCUUUGUGGGUUUGAAUUUCCACACAAAAGUCCUAUAGUCUACACAGUAAACACAAACAUCUCAAUGAAAACAGGCCCGACGUAGCCAUGGCAAAAGGAG